GUCCUAUUCAUAUAAACUUGAAGUCGCAUACAAAAAAAACACUUUUUUUUGAAGUCGCAUACAAAAAGUCAUCUGAUCUUUUAUACUGUAGCUCAUUUAGUUUUAAUUAGUUCCAUUUUACAUUAAUUUUAUAAUAGUCUUACUCCAAUUUUAGUGAAUUGUGAAAACUAUGGGCAAUUGGUUUUCUACGCCCUAUCCUUUUAGAAAGAAGGUUGUGGUAUCGAGAAAUCCGACAGGGCAGAAGAUUAAUGAAAAAUACAUGAUUUUUCAUGACCAAGUGCUCGGGCGCGGAUCAUAUGGGGUUGUACGCGAAUGUAUAGAUUUGUCUAGUGGUGAGAAAUUGGCUUGCAAAACUAUGUCUAAAAUGGAGUUGGAGAGUAAGGACAGGGUUGAACACGUGAGAAGAGAGAUUGCGAUUUUAAGGCAUUUAAAGAAUCAUCCAAACAUUGUCUCUAUAAAAGAUGUUUGUGAAGAUGACAAUGAACUGCACAUUGUAACGGAGUUGUUGAAGGGAAAGACAUUAGACUAUAUUCUACAUAGGGUGCCGCUACCGGAGAAGGAGGCUUCAACAAUUAUUAGGACUCUUGUGGAAAUAAUUCAGGUGUUGCACAACAAUGGGGUGAUACAUCGUGAUAUCAAAUUUGAAAAUUUUAUGUUUGGUGGAAGCACUAAUAACAUUGCUACAUUAAAGGUCAUUGAUUUUGGGAUAUCUGUUUUCUACAAUCCUGGCGAUACAUGUAAACUUAGUUCGUGCACUCGACACUAUGUGGCUCCCGAAGUUUUAAUGGGCAACAAUCAGGAUCCAGAGGUUGACAUUUGGGCCGCCGGGGUCAUACUCUACAUUCUUCUCUGUGGUAUAGCUCCUUUCAGAAAAGAUAAUACAGAUGAAUUGCGUGAAGCAAUUAUUCAUGCUGAAGUUUGUUACGAGCGCCCUCCUUGGCCAGACGUUUCAAAUGAAGCUAAAGAUCUAGUAAAAAAAAUGCUUAAUCCAAAUCCAAAUGAACGACUUACCGCUCAUCAAGUUCUUAUUGAGAUAGGUGGACGACGGUCACUUUCAGUAGCAUGUCCCAGAAAGUCGUCCAUGUAAAAAGAGCCAUCUGAGUGGUAAAAGCAGUCUGAAGCAUCUGAAAAUGCCUGAAUAAGCCUGUUCUGUUUCUCGGGAGGUGGAGACCAAUGUUUCUCUAGAUAGGCUCCCUGAAUUUGAAAAUCAAAAAUGAGCUUGGAUAUGGAUGUGGGUUCCUCUGUAAUUAACGAGGUUUCUUGAGAGCGGUGCAUUGGUUCCUCCAGCUCUAAAUUAGAAAUUCCCACGAAGUUUGAAAAUAUCGCUAGAAAAUCGAGUAGCCCUGAAUUUUGUGGACCCACUGGGAUCGCAAUGAAAUAUCCAUUAUCUUUGGCCAUUGUUAUGAAGCCACCAGCCUUGUUAAAAUUUGAUGAGACCGAGAUAGGUCCAAAUCGCCUCA